GAAGGCGCGGCCGCAGACGAAGACGACGAGUACGCGCGGAUUGCGAAGAAACGUUACAAGACGCCCGAGGAGAAGGAGUUCGUGUGGAACCGCAGGAAGGACGAUUCCAUCGCAGACAAGCAGGUGAAGUACGUGAAUGGGGUGGCUGAGGAGUGGCUCGUCCAAUGCCGACAUUGCCGCGCCUGGGGCAAGCAGGUGGAGUGGUCCUUCCAGAACCAUGACAACCACGUGAAGCUCCAUUGCUCAGCUGCGAAGAGGCACAGACAGGGCGAGUCCACUGCGAAGGCGGGUUCCCUGGAGGCUUUCUUCGGGAGGCCGUGUAAGAAGAUCAAGGUAGAGGCGGUUGAUGCAUCCCCGCUACCACCUUCAUCAGAGAGCCCCACCGCUUCGCAGGUGCGCCCACCAUGCGCCGGCGUCGCGCCCUGGGCGAUCCUGGCCCAGGUGAAGGUAGACGCUGCUCUGCAGGCCGAGUUCGAAAGCUCUUGCAGCGCUGGCGGCGCUCCCGUUCUGGCGCAAUUUUGGGACCUGCUGUCGUCCACGUGCGUCCAGUACUUCAAGGCUGCUGCGGUCAGCGACCAGCGGGAGGGCGGGUCGCGCUCCCUCAGGGCGAUCAGGGGCUGCGGUGACCGCCCGGCGCUCUCGCGGGCGAGCGAAGUGAAGGGGCAUCUAUCCGAUCCUCAGAUGGCCCUCGUGCACGCCGAGCUCGUGGCGCCUUUUGUCUACACAUGCGCCGCAUGUUCAGGGCUGGAGCGCAGCAUGAUGAAGGAGCUCAAGGGCUGCCUCAAGAACAUCAUCUCGGGCCGCGUACUCUGCGAGUGCCUGGGCGGCAUCGAAAUGCACCACGAGAAGAUUCACCGCGCCAUCAAGCACAUGCACCCGAAGAACGUCCCCAUGAUCACGGAGGGGCCCCUGUCCCGACUGCGGGCCAUUUCUGCGGCAAAGCUGGACUACCUUCUGUUUAAGAGGGACGACGCGGCAUUGCUGGGGUCAGCGGUCUCCAGCUCGGACGUUCAGAUGCUGCGGAACCUGCGGACGCUCAUACUCACGAACCAGGGGAAGGUGCAGCAGUCCGCGAUCAAGGGCUCGUUGAAAGCCUACGUCUGCCGGUCCAUGCGGUUCGCGCGUGGCAAGGGGUUGCAGAACAUGCAGUACGAGGCUGCUUUUCGAAAUUAUGCGGUGGUCAAAUGGAUCGGCGGCGCCGCUGGCUACCAGUUCGACAGGGCGAAUUUUUUUGAUCUCGCCGCGCCGCACGAGCGCACGUGCCAGAGGGAGUACCAGGCAGCCCUGAAGGACGCCGGCACGUGCAAUUUCCUGGACCAUUCGCGCGCCAACCUGGUGUCGUCCAUGCGCCGCAUCCUCGUGGCCAUCAAGGCGCGCGGCUGCAGCGACGCGGUCCUGGUCGCCGACGAAUUGCACAACCUCGCCACGCUGCGAUGGGACCCGUCGCUCCAGAAGUAUCUGGGCCUGAGCAGAAAGCACGUGAUGCUGGACGCCAAGGGCUUCGAGGCGGCGAGCGCCGAGAAGAGAAUGCCAGCCCUGGCGACCAAGACAAAGUUCAUCGGAGUAGUGGGGCUGGGGGACGCGCCGCUCUACGUCCUCUUGCAGCGGCCUGGCGACGCCGACUCGAAGGAAGAGUGCGACCUCAACAUGUCCGUCGUGUCCGUCGCGGAGGAGGUCGCCGCGGAGGUCGGCGUCGGAGUGGUCGGGAUGCUCUUCGACGGCAUCUCGAAGGAGAAGGACACGGUCGUCUCCUUGUUCCUGGGCAACAGGAUGCUCGGCGGUCUGGACCCGAAGCACCAGUUCAAGUGCUUGCGGAGCGCUUGUGCGUUCGGGGGCACCGCGCCGCCCGCGGGCGGGUUCCUGGUGGUGAACAUGGAGUGCUUCGACGCCCUGGGCGCGAGGCAGGACUGCGUGGUGAUCAAGGUGGCGGCUCACCGACAGGAUGCCUUCGCGGACUUUCGGGUCCGGGCCCUGGUGGACGCGCUGCCGCUGUUUGGCACGUUGAUGAGCGAUGCGGCGCUGGCUCGGCCUACGCACGAAGUGCUCGGAACGUUCUUCUUCUACCUCCAGGUCCUCUUCGGAAUGGCUGCCAGUUCUUCCCCGGCGAAUGCUCUGGACCGCAGGUCCCGCAUCUACAUGUCGUUCCACUCGCUCAUUUUCUUGACGGGUUGGUCCCUCUGUUCGGUAACCAAGAUGAACACGAUUCUGUGCUUUGGCCCACUUGGCAUGGUGCUAGCGCACGUUCAUAGGAUCUGGAGAUGGGGCACGGGGAUGCUCGAGCACAUGUUCGGACAGUACCGCACGCGCGGCAACGGGGACCAGCUCUCCGUCCAGGCCCAGUUCCACCUCGCGCAGCGCUUGCAGAUCUUCCACAUGAAGGCGCACGAGGCUGGCUUCAAGGUGGGCAAGGAGGCGCAGACAUACACUUCGACCUGGCAGUCCUACCGCGACGGGGAGCGCGGCGCGGUGGAUCUCGGGCCCCCCGCAGAUGAGGGCGAGGUGCUCUCGCUGUACAACAAGGCCGCUAAAGAUGUGAAGAUCAUGUUCUUGAAGCUGGGGUGGCGGCAGGAUGACCUCCCCCGCCUGUGCCAGGAGUUCCCCACGAUGGUGGAGUUGCGGACCGUCCUUGAGAAGGUGCUGAAGGCCCCAGUGCAGGAGGCCGACAAGGCGAAGGUGGACGCGUGGCACCCCUCUGAGCAAGGCCGCCAGAGCAAGCUCGAGCAGUUCGCGAGCGUCUUCCACGAUGCGUCGCGCGACCUCGUCAACGGCCAUGGACCAGAGCACGCGGCCAGCACCUUCGUCGACGAGUUCGCGCAGGACCCGGACUGUUCUUCGGAGGACGAGGUGGGCAAUGAGUUGCCCUCGGACGCCCACGAGGGACUGGAGCUCGUCGUGGACCGCAUCAGCAACGCAGUGAGGAAGCCCGUCGGGCCGGCGCUGCUGCAAAGUUUCGCCAGCGUCGCCAAGGACCUCUGCGGCGCGCUCCCGAGGGAGAAGCACAAGGGGAUCGCCAAUCGCCGCACGAUCAUGGAGCGCUUGCAGCUCACGGUGCCACGAAGCUCUGAUGGGGCGGCGCAGGCGUCCCUCGUCGAUGUCGCGAUCUACUCGCCCAAGGAGCGCUCCUUCGGUCGAGUCGUCCUUCCCUACCGGAGAACCAACCGGAAUUUCUUGGUCGAGUUGCUGACCGAUGUCUCGCACGGCAAACGGAUGAAGGAGCUGCAACGCCGCUCGAACGUGGACGCGCGCAUCACAUACGAGCUCAUCGACUUCUCUUCCUCGCACAAGCAGGGUGGCACGACAACUUGGGCGUUGGCGGCUCCCAGGAAGAAGGGCGCGGCGCGGGUGCUGUCCGAGGUGUCGUCCGAUCUCUACUUCGUUCCUGGCGAGAACAUGUUCCUGGUCAACAUGUUCAGCGACUGGGGCAAGACCGACGGCGAUUUGGUAGCUUUGCAUGCCAACGUGCGCGAGUUCCUCGAGUCCGAGUGCGCCCUGGGCUUGGAGGAAAAAGCGCUGGCCGACGCGAGACGGAGCUCAGCGAUCCUGCACGGAUUGAGCGUCUUGUCGACGUACGCCCCCCGGGUGACGAUGGCGAUUUUCAGGUCGAGUGAAUUGGCGCCCACCCUCCGCAAGCUGGGCAAGGCCGGCUCCGCUGACAUUGCAGAGCUCGUGAAGAAGUUGGUCGGCGC